UGCGAAAAGAAACAUAACUCACAGAUUCAUCCCGGAUUUACAAUGAGCAGUAACAGUAACGAAAAAAAAAGAUAAACCGGUUGGAAAGUUUAAGAAUAAAAAGAACGACAGGACGGUAGCAACAAAUUUAGCGACUAACGAGGUUGAAUCUGAGAAUCAAGGAGCGGUUGGAGCAUACGACGUAGGGACUAAAGGCAAUAAUGUUUCAAGCGUAUUCUUAUCUACGGUUGUUCUGGUCAUACGGGACCAAUAUGGAGGGAAACAGCUGGCACGAGCAUUGCUUGCCAGUGGUUCGCAAGCGAACGACUAUGUCAGAUACUCGGUCAAAAGCGACGCCUGAUAAAUAUACCAGUUAGCGGAAUUGGUCAUUUGGGAACACAAACAAGAUUCAUGGUGAACACUACAGUUAAUUCAAGGGUUCAGGACUACUAAGUGGGGAUUGAGUUUCUAGUUCUCCAGAAGGUUACGCCAGAACUGCCGUCGGCAUACAUACCCAUUGCCCAUUGGAAGAUCCCUAAAGGUAUUCAGUUGGUUGAUCCGAAUUUCAACGUUAGUAGUCGGGUCGAUAUUCUGAAUCCUGUACGAAAAUGAGAUGUACCGAAUCACACUAGGACAGGAGCUGUCUAUGCUAAUCAAUUCAGCAUUCGGAUGGAUUGUCACAGGGAGAACUUCAAAUGCGCAUAGUAACGUGGUUAUCUGCUGUUUGGCGACAGUGUCGGAUUACUUGAAUAUACAAUCACAAAAGUUUCGGGAGAUCGAAAAUAAUGAGGAACGAGUGGCUUGGUCAGAUGAGAAACCAGACAGUGAGAACCAUUUCCAGAAUACAUUCAGAAGUACAGAGAAUGAUCGGUAUAUUGAACGUCCAUCAAAGCAGGUCAAUUUCGACCAUAUGGUGCAUAAAUCUCGCGCGUUGGAUCUAUCGUGAUUUCAUGGAUUGAAAAGGCAGAUAGAACUUAAUUCGGAAAUGUGUUUGCAAGUCAUUGCAGCACCAGUUACGAGUAGACCACUUCCAUCCCCUACUAAUUCAGAAAACCGUCUCAUUGAACUCAUCUUCUUCGUCUACCUUCACAGAAUUUGAAGCGCUAACCCCGGCGCUUUUUUAGAUUGGCUCAGUCAUGAAAACCCUUCCUGAUCUUAUUUUCAUAACAAUAUCCACAAACCGCCUUGACCACUUCCAACAAACACGGCAAAUGUUCCAGCGUUAUUGGCAGCGAUGGAGCAAGCAAUAUCUUACGCAGCUGCAGGUCGCAACAAAGAACUCUCCGUUCAACCCAAUUCAAAUGGAAGUCAUCGCCGUGCUACGAGAGGACAACCUACCACCACUCCGUUGACCAUUGGUGAGAAUCAUUGGAUUGCAUCCUGGUUCGGCCGGUGUCGUUCGAGUAGUAACAGUGAAGACGGCAACAGGAGUGUAUGAACGGGCAGUCAAUCGAAUUUGUCCUCUACCCCUCGAUGAGAUGGAUCGACGAGGUCCAGAGAUUUUGAAUUUGAAGUAAAAGGCAUCUACUUUAUUGUAAAUUUGAAUUAUUGAAGCUAGUUCAAGGGGGCCGGUAAUGUAGCAUGUUAGAUUGAAUUCUACGCGAACCUUAUACCGUUCUGAAUCAUAUUUCGGACACUUUGUUCUAAUAUCUUGAAAUGCUUAAUGCAGAGUUGAAGUGAAGUUGAAUAAUUAGAGGACAAUGUGCAACUGGAUGAACUUCUAACAUUACCGUGUAUCCUGGUAAUUAAUCAACCUGCAGUGGCCACAAUCGUGUCCUGGGAUAUGUUGUAUAAAGAAAUAGAACCUGCGAAAAAGUUUUUUGUAUGCGUUGGGUACCAAUUUGUAACGUUCAGUGUCAGGACGACUAAUCGAUCUAAAAAUUCUACGCACAUGAAGAAUAACAGCCCGUGCUGUUCUCGUCCCUGGGCUAAACCACUUCGCUUAAGCGCCAACGACCCUCGAAGAGGAUCGAUGCGAAGUAGCGUGUUACUUUGCCCGCUAGCUCUCUCAGGGCAGGUUAAGUGGACGCAAAACCACUUCUAGCACAACUCAAAGGCUCACCCAAAAAUUCCCACACUAGUGGCCAGGUGGAGUUAUUGGUGUUGGUUUUAGGCGUCAUGAUGGCCAGUAACAGAGCACUCUGCGAUGUCGGGUCGUUCAAGUAGUGUGCGUAGUAGCUGUGCGGCGAGACUCGUGAUGGUCGAUGAUGAAUUUUCACUUCCGGUUGGCUAGGCGUUUACAGUAGGAUGAUAUCAUCGAUACGCAUUGAUGGAUGCCGACGAUGAUUGCAAGUCGGUUGAUCACAGUGUUGGUUACGUGAUGAUUGUGAACUUUCCAGGUUAAGGAUUUCUGGUCCUCUAGAUAGGCGACGAAUUUCUGCUCCUUUAAAUAGGCGACGAAUGUCUGCAACCUUGGAAUAGGCUACGACCCUAUGAACAACCGUCGAAAGAGUCGUCCAGAAAAAACGGUGAAAACGGUGUCUGUCGAGCGGUGGUUCGCUAGAAAUCUCAGGCUGCACACUUCGCAAGUGGUCUUGAUAACGUGGUCAGUCACUUACACGUGGAAAUCUAUCUGGAUACACCAGAGAAAAAUUGAACCAAAAGAAAAAAAACCUUCGUUUGCAGGUUAUAGCCUUCAAACGAACACAACAAAUCACCAUGGUUGUACUAUUAGAUUUACCAUUUACAACCUACCUGAGUUUGUUCAAUUUGAUCAAUCGCGACUCAACUCUUUACAAGAGAGAACUAAAUGAUGUGUGGAACACUUUUCUAAAUUGAAAUGUCAUUUACAUUCUACUGCACGUGAAUUAUUACUUUGACUUACUUUUCAAAGUCUGCUACUCCCACACACGUCGAUUUAUCUCGAGAAUAUUAUGGAAAACUAUUCUUAAACUUUGACUGUUCCACUCGGAACUCAAUUUGUAAAGAGACUUGAUAUAACUUAAUGUGACACAAAGAGCCUCAAUUCGUACCGCGAAACAAUAGAUAUUAAUCGUUCAUUUCACACAAAUAUAUCUGCGUGUGAAUGUUAUGUUGCGCUACUAAAAGAUGUAACUCGUGCGACAAAAUCGUAACGCACAACAGUUUCUUCGCUAAACUUUCCGUACGAUUACUAUUACGACGGAUUAGUGCGAUGAAUCCAUCAUCGUACCCCCCGACGCAGUUGUUGUAAAUGAUGAGUCAAAAUGAGCAAUAGCAGCUUAUCAUUGUUUUGAUUUGAUGGUGAAUAGAAACAGGAUUCGAAGUAAAUUAGAUUUUCAUUAUGAAAUAACUAAUUAUUAUAAUUGAGAAACCUACUUACAGACUACAAAUUAAAUUACCCUAUCAUAUUAAAUUUAUUUGUAUAAAAAUUCCUGGUACGAGACCAAUUGUAAGUAACUAAAAUUUGUUAUCCUAAAAUAGUUCGAAAUGUGGAAUUAAUUCGAACCAAUAAAUUUACAGCUUUGAGCUGAUUUCAUCGGGAACCUUGGUGAUUUCUUCUACGAAGACCUCCGAACAGUAAACCCCACCCCAACGACGUAACAAUUACUGAAAUGUUACAAAAAAUUCAUUGAAAUGGCAAAGCGACAAAAAAAUGAGGAAAAGAAAAAAAAACUAACUUCAAACGGGAAGAAAAAGAAACCCAAACAUUAGCAAAGGAAGAACGGAUGGAGUAGAAAGAAAAACUUUGAAGAACUGAAAAGACAAAAAAAAGCUGCAAAUUCAAGAAUUAAGAAAGAGAAAUUGGUACUAAAGGAUAAUGACAAAACAGAUGUAACUAUGUAACAAACCAAAACUAAGAAUUAAGAUUCAUGCUCUGAUGCCUUAAAUUAUUUUAUUAAUUUGAACAACAAAUAAACUGAAUUCAAAUAUAUAAUUGUCCUUGAAGCAAUAUAAGCCUUACGGUAUUUUAAGCCAUGAAACAUCAAUAAAGGACAAACAUUUUGGGGAAAAUAAAAAUAUCAUAAAAGAGGUUGUUUAAAAUUAUUUCAAGCCAAUCAAAAAACAAUUGAUUGAAGUUCUAUUACAACUUAACCAGCUAUCAAUGGUUGUAGACAAUUUUCAAGAUAUUUGUGUGUGCAUGGAAGGUUGCAGCACACUUUUGGACAGCCCAAGCCGUUGUUAUUUUCAGAUGUUUGAUCAGUUUAUAGUAUUAGUAGAUUUCUGUACAAUCUAAAUUGUGCCCAAAACCACAAGAAACCAUUAUGCAAACAGAAUGUCUAAAAUUUUAAUUCAAUCUGUCCGAAAUUUGAUUUUUUUUUUAUAAAUAGUGUCCGAAGUUUGAUUCUUCGCUUCAUUUGAAAAGCAUUUUAUUCGAUGAUUGUCUUAUGUUUUCAACCAAAUUAAAGCUUAAAAGCAUAUUGAACUAAUUAAUUAAAAAUAUCAACCAAGUAGUACCUGUGCAUAAUGUUUAGAUCUAUUUUCUGCAUCAUAUGCCUAAAGCGUCCCUAAUACGCGAAAUUAGGCUAAAUAUCGUAGUAGGUUGAAUUUUUUCAUAGCAACGUAGUUUUCAUAGUUACAUGUGAUUCCAGUAAAGACUUUCAAAAAAGAACGGUUCAGUUUGUUUUUUCGUCCAGUCACAUCAAGAGUAAUUAUAUGAAAUCAAGACCUUUGUGGAGAAUUGUAUCCUGCCUUUUUUCCCAACCAACGAAUCAGGAUAAUAAUCAAUACACGUCAAACUACUUUCACCUUCCUUAAUGUUCCGGUUCCGGAUUUCCACCUUCUUCUUUUUCUUUUGCUUCCUCGUCUUCUUCUUUUCUUCUUCUUCUUCUUAUUCUUUUUAUUCUUAAAUGGCACCAACGUUCCUAGAGGAACCUGGACCUCUUAACUACAUUGGCUGAAUGUUCAAAGAUGAACCAGCCUUCGGCUGAAAAUCUCUUCCAUAUAGAAAGAAGGAACAUGGACUAAAAAGUACCGGAAUUUUUCAACAGAUGGCGCGACUAAAAAAAAGCAGAGUGGCACUGAGGCAUAUUGAAAAGACUUAGGGCUAUACCAAGUAUAUUGCCCUCGAAAAAAAAAUGUAGAGGAAUUAAUACAGAUUUUCCCGAAAACGAUUGUCUUUUCCUGGGAUCCCAGGACUUUUCAACCAAUGUAGUACUUGCGUCAUUUUUAUUAGUACAUACUAAGUUGAGAUUAAGUGGCAAGCUCUAGAAUACGCGAGAUACGUUGAGAUUAAGUGGCAAGCUUUAGAAUUUCUUUAACGAAAAAUUCCCUCGACCAGAACGAGAAGCGAACCCGAACCCUCGGAAUGUUGGAUGUGACCCUAACUGGAGAACAAUCAGCAAUUUGUUAAAAAAUCCAAUGCAUAUCUUCAAUAGUAUAUAUCAUAGUGUUCAGUAAGCUUUUGUGAUUCUUUCUGAAACCCAAAUGUUGCUUCUUGGCGUUUGGGGAAAUCGGUGUUAUUUUGGAUACUUGAGCGGUCAUUUGAUUGGAUACUUGAGCGAUCAUUUUAUUCCGUCAUUUUUUCAUCUCAGUCAUUAUUUUGUAGAUUGUGUACGAUCGACCAAUAUACCCUUCUAAAUAUUAUAAAGUCCUGUAUAAAGUAUUUGUUGAAGUAUGUCAUGAUUUUUUCCAUUUUUUAAAUAUUGUAACUGCAAGGAGGCUAUGGAAAAUAUAGAUUCGCUUGGAAACCGACAGAAGUCAGACGUCUUUUCUUUUCCCGUGAAGAAGCCAAAAGAAAAUCGAAAAUUUGGAAAUUCUUCGUUUUGUGACGACAUCUCUCAAGUUUUCUGGAAAACCAUCCAAUACGCAGCCAUCAAAUCCAUUCUCGACGGUGUGAUUCACCACAACAAGAAUCUUUUGGGCCGUCGCAUACUGACGGUGGAAAACCCUUCGAUCAGGAACGGGUAAGCCCCAUCAUUUGGUCCUUCGAACCGGAUCGAAGGUUCCCCCGACCAGAAGGGCAGGUGUGGUGAGUACACCAUUUUGUUUGCAAGUUCAUUUGGUGGUGUUGGGUGGCAAGUAGACUCGCGUGGGUGGUAUGCCCGUGUCGGGAAUAAUUACGUUCGUUUUUGUGCACCAUCCUCGAGUUAUUCGUUCGCCUAAAAAGUGGUAAACCGUGACGGGAAGGAUACAUUCGUUCGAUUUUUACCAUUUUUCGAUAUCCGCGUCGUGUAAAAGACAUUACAACGCACAAUUUACGUUCCAAUCUUCCGAAUUUUGAUUCCGUAUAUUCGAUCUGUGGUGGUAGUGAAGUGGUGAUAGUGUAGUGAACCAAGAUGUCCAGACCAGAGAAGAAGUUGGUCGAAUGCUUUAUGAAGCGCAAAGCACUAUUCGUCGUUCGUUCCAGCAUAGGCGUUUUUGGGAUACCAGUUCUCUGCGUUGACAAACGGACAUCUUGGAAAAUGCUGGACAUUGGAAUAACAAAUGGUUUUCUGUUGAAGUGUUCAUCAAUAAUUUUGACAACCAGAAUGACGUUUUCCAGAUUCCGAUUCGUGUUGAAGCGUUGGACAGAGUCUACAACGAAUUCAUUGACCUGCAAACGGAGAUCGAAAAGUAUGAUGAUCCUGAGAAGUUUGAGGAGCAUAUGCAAGAACGAGCAACGUUCGAGGCGCGAUACUGUUCGGCUAAAGCCAAUCAUCCUCCAGCGAAUUUCCACCUGCGAUUACCCAAGAUUGACCUUCCAAAGUUUGACGGAGAUUUGUCUAGAUGGCUUUCCUUCCGUGAUACGUUUACAUCCAUGGUCCAUUCCAAUGCGGAUAUUCCGACAGUAGCGAAGAUGCAGUACCUCUUACAAUCACUGGAAGGAGAAGCUCAUAAGCCAUUCGAGUCAACCGAUAUAAGUGCGGAUAAUUACGCAUUAACUUGGGACGCUUUAUUGAAGCGUUACGACAAUAAACGUUAUUUGAAGCGUCAGCUAUUCCGAGCUUUGUAUGACCUCCCGCCACUCAACAAAGAGUCACCCCAAGAGCUGCAUGACCUGGUUGAUGAUUACCAACGGCAUGUCAAGGCUUUAGCGAAGCUGAACGAACCAGUCAUCCACUGGGACACACCGUUAAUCAACCUGCUAAGCUACAAACUGGAUUCAACAACCCUCCGAGCCUGGGAGGAGAAGACUAGUAGCGCUGAUGACAUCACUUACGAGGAGUUGGUUGAUUUCUUGUACCAGCGGGUCCGAAUGUUGAAGUCCGUCGUCACCGAUCUGCAGCAACGCUCCAAUCAAGUCGGCCAAGUCAAGGUGGCCGGUUCCACACCAAACCAGAAGAAGCCAUUCAAGAUGGUAUCCAAUUCCGCCACGACCGAAACUAAGAGUUUCAUUCCGCAUUGUAUUGCUUGUCCAGAAAACCAUUUGUUAUUCCAAUGUCCAGCAUUUUCCAAGAUGUCCGUUUGUCAACGCAGAGAACUGGUAUCCCAAAAACGCCUAUGCUGGAAUUGUUUCCGUUCUGGACACCAAAGUAGGAAUUGUACGUCCAAGUAUGAUUGCCGAAAUUGUCACCAGAGACACCACACGCUGCUGCACGAAUCUGCAGUCCCGAAAGCACAAUCCACUCCAGUUGUCAUGUCUGGUCAGUCAUCCCAGCAACCGAAUCCACCCACGUUGACUGUUGUCGAAUCCCCUGGAUCAGCGAAUCCGAAUCCCCAAGUGAGUUUGUCGGCACAGUCAUAUCAGUCCACUGUCCUAUUGGAAACGGUUAACCUCCUUGUCGUAGACCAGAAUGGCAAAGAGCAUCCUGCUCGCGCGCUCCUAGAUUCGGGAUCAAUGUGCAGUUUUAUUACGAAGAAAUUAUCCAAUGUACUCAACCUCCGCCGCACGAAAGUUGACAUCGCCGUGUCUGGAAUCGGUGAAGCAUCGAAGCAGAUCAAGCGCAAGUUGACUGCUACGAUUAAAUCCAAGUUGCUUUCGUAUAGUACAACUCUCGAUUUUCUGAUUUUGAAGAAACCCACAGUAUGCCUGCCAACUACGCCGAUUGAUAUUUCCUCGUGGCAGUUCCCUGAUGUUCCGUUAGCCGACCCACGAUUCCACAUUCCAGCCGACGUUGACAUGAUUGUCGGUGGAGAAGUAUAUUAUGACCUGCACACCGGUUGUAAGAUUUCCUGCGGCGAAGGAAAACCUGUAUUCGUCGAAACCUCGUUCGGAUGGACUGUUUCUGGGAAAGUAGUCAUCCAAUCACCCGAUGUUCCACGUGUUUGUCACCUCACCACUGUAGACCGAAACCUGGAACAAGCCCUCCAGAAGUUCUGGGAGCUAGAAGCUGUUGAACCCUGCUCCAUGUUAUCCGCUGAAGAAAAUUUCUGUGAAGAUCAAUAUGCCACUACCACCACUCGCGAUUCGUCGGGUCGUUACGUUGUGUCCUUGCCACUCACCCGCGAUCCGCUCGUCACUCUCGGCGAAUCACGUUCAAUCGCCGAGCGUCGCUUCUUGAACCUUGAAAAACGACUUGAGCGAGAUCCAACCACCAAAGCUGCCUACUGCCGCUUCAUGGAGGAAUACGAACGCCUAAACCACAUGAAGAAGCUCGUGGAUCCAGUAGACGAAACCAAGCCACACUGUUUUCUCCCACACCACCCGGUGUUCAAGGAAUCCAGCACCACUACGAAGGUUCGAGUUGUGUUCGAUGCAUCCUGCAAGACGUCUUCUGGAUUCUCUGUGAAUGACCUGCAACUAGUUGGACCCGUCGUUCAAGAUGAUCUGCUAUCGAUCCACAUCCGAUUCCGCAUCCACCAAAUUGCAUUCGUCGCCGACGUCGAAAAAAUGUAUCGACAGAUCCUAUUGCGUCAGCCGUUUCGUCGAUAUCAGCUCAUCCUCUGGCGUCCUAGUCCAAACCAGCCAAUUGCUACGUACGAACUGAACACUGUAACGUACGGUUUCGCGUCAUCACCAUUCUUAGCUACACGCACCCUUCAGAAAAUCGCGCAGGACGCAAGUGAUAUCCAUCCAGCCGCAUCCGCGGUAGCCCAGAAGGAUUUCUACGUGGAUGAUUUCCUGUCUGGUGCCGACACCGUUGAAUCCGCUAUCCAAAUACGCCAAGAAAUGACUGCCAUGCUUUCAGCAGCAGGUUUCCCGUUGAAGAAGUGGGCUUCAAACUCACCAGAAGUCCUAGUUGAUAUUCCCGAAGAAGACCUAGCCUUUGCACCGUACCAUGAUCUCCAGGACGAUCAAUCCGUUUCCACACUCGGACUCAUCUGGGAACCGAGAAUCGACAUGAUGAGUUUCAAGGUUCAAUUUCCACUGCCAGCAUCUGUUUUAACUAAGCGGAAGAUUAUGUCGUACGUGGCGCAGAUUUUUGACCCACUUGGCCUGGUGGGACCAAUCAUAGUCAUCGCCAAACUCUUCAUGCAGCGUCUAUGGGCAUUGAAAACCGAAGCUGGAGUAACCAUGAUAGCCACACUCAAUUCCAACUUUUCCGAUAAAUUAUUCAGCCGAUACUCCUGCUUCAGCAAACUUCGUCGAUUUAUUGCAUACUGGAUGCGAUAUUUCCGUGCCCUGAAAGCCGCCGUCAAGACCACCAUCGAACCUUUUGAGACCUUAACAACUGACGACCUCCGUGAUGCAGACAUCGCCCUUUCUCGGCUAGCCCAGCGCGAAUCAUUUCCAGAAGAAAUGUCCAAUCUUAUAUCCGGGGAACGUAUUCCUACAUCGUCAGCAUUGAAGUGGUUGCAACCGAAAGUCAGCAAGGAAGGUGUCAUCCGAGUUGGUGGAAGACUCGGCAACGCCCCCGUGUCCGAAGAUGUAAAGUUCCCAAUUGUCCUCUCGUCGAAGCACCGGUUAUCCGUCCUGCUAGCCAAGUACUACCACCAUAUGCUGCUCCAUGCCGGUCCCCAGUUGAUGCUUUCUUCGAUUCGCCAGAAAUUCUGGAUCAUCGGUGGCCGUAACUUAGUUCGCCGCACGUACCACCAAUGUCACACGUGGUUCCGCAACAAACCCACCCUGGUGCAGCAGAGUAUCGCCGACCUGCCUACAACAAGAGUGACUCCGACCAGACCAUUUGCCGUAUGCGGUAUUGAUUACUGCGGUCCCGUAUAUAUCAAAUCUCCGGUGCGUAACCGGACUCCUACUAAAGCGUACAUCGCAAUAUUUGUAUGCUUCGCUACACGUGCCGUCCAUAUCGAGCUUGUAUCUGAUAUGUCAACACCGGCUUUUAUGGCCGCUCUCCGCCGUUUCGUCGCUCGCCGUGGAAAGAUGAAGGAAAUCCACAGCGACAACGGCAACGCCUUCAAGGGCGCAGCAAACGAACUGCACCAAACCGAACGAAAGCAGAUCCUCGACUGGUGUGCAGAGAACGAGAUUAUCUGGCGUUUCAUUCCUCCGCGAGCACCACACUUUGGAGGGCUGUGGGAAGCAGCCGUUAAAUCAGCUAAGCAUCACCUGUUACGUGAAAUCGGCAAUGUAAACGUUGGCUACGAGGACAUGUGCACUUUAUUGGCCCAAAUUGAAAUGUGCCUGAAUUCGAGGCCCCUGGUUCCAAUUCCAACCGAUCCUUCAGACCUGGAAGUCUUAACUCCAGGACAUUUCCUGAUUGGAGCCAGUUUCCAAGCCGUUCCGGAAAACAACUUGUGCGACAUUCCGGAUAAUCGUCUGACGCACUUUGAGCUCGCUCAGAAGCGAUUCCAACGAAUCUGGUCCAGAUGGGCACCAGAAUACCUCCAGCAAUUCCAGUCACGCGUUACAAGGUCCAAGCCACCAGUAACCAUCAAACCAGGUGCCGUCGUGGUAAUCAAAGACGACAAUCUACCACCAAUACAAUGGCCGCUCGGAAGGAUCACUAAGGUUCAUCCGGGCAAAGACGGAGUGGUACGUGUCGUCACCCUGAAGACUGCAUCAUCCGAAGCAAUCGUCAGACCUGUGGCGAAGAUUGCGCUAUUACCAACAGCAGAAAAUCAUCAUCCGGAUCCUGAAAAAUGAGACCUGGUAGAGCACGCCAAAAUUUGCUCGAUGCCUUCGUGGGAACCAAGCAGGUAAUUGCGGUUCCAAUACGUAUCUUUAUCUUGUCAGGUCUACCUGGUCUUUUCAAUCCCCAGAUGACGAUACCCUGGGCUACUUAUAACAAUCUACAUCGAGUUCAAUUCCCGGCGAACCAUAACAAACCGAUCGUUGCCGGCAAAUCACGUGCUUCUGUUGCGUCUUCACAACAACUGAGACUAGUCUCGAAUCUUUAAAUAUUUAGUUUAAAAACAACGACAACAUUGUUAAGUAAUAGAAUUGAACUAGCUAAACCAGUUCAAGGUGGCCGGAAUGUUGAAGUAUGUCAUGAUUUUUUCCAUUUUUUAAAUAUUGUAACUGCAAGGAGGCUAUGGAAAAUAUAGAUUCGCUUGGAAACCGACAGAAGUCAGACGUCUUUUCUUUUCCCGUGAAGAAGCCAAAAGAAAAUCGAAAAUUUGGAAAUUCUUCGUUUUGUGACGACAUCUCUCAAGUUUUCUGG